AUGAUGCGAGGUUUCAAGCAGCGGUUGAUCAAGAAGACGACUGGAUCUUCUAGUUCAAAGAAGAAGGACAAAGAGAAGGAGAAGGAGAAGGAGUCGAAGCAUGCUACUCCUACUAGGAAGUCCUCGUCUUCUAGUAUUAAGUCAGGCAGUGAGAAGAGUAACAAAGCUACGGGGAAUUCUGGUGUCUCCAGCAGCCACGGGUCAAAAAGUCACACUAGUUCAGGUCUUACAUCCAGAUCUCCUACCGUUUCAGCGACUACGUCCAGCUCUUCAAUCUCUAGCAAGACUGGGAACAGUCAGGGUGCCGAUGACACGCAGACGGAGACUCCUAAUCAACAUCAGAAGGUAUCCCACGAGACUCCAAGCAUAACCAUUUCUGAUGACAAUACGGCCAAAUCUACACCAAAGGCACAUCCAACUUUACUUGGAGCUGCCACGGCGAUCAGCCCAUCGUCCCCACAAUCACCAGGGUCAGCCAGUUUUGGUCACGGAGUAUCCUCUGGAAUUAACGAUGACAAUAACUCACCUUCUUAUGGCGGAUCUUCACCAGGAAUUGAUAUCCCAAGGAGCUCGCACUCAUUUGAAAAGCUACCAACACCUACUAAACUCAAUCCCGACUCUGAUGUGGACUUGAUAAGAACUCCUCAACGUCACUAUUCAUCAAGAUUUGAACCAUCCAGAUACACACAAUUGACCAAGUUACCUAACUUCGAUGAAGUCUCCCCUGAAGAGAGAAUACCUUUAUUCUUAGCAAAAGUGGAUCAAUGUAAUACCUUGUUUGAUUUCAAUGAUCCAAGUUUUGAUAUUCAAGGUAAGGAAAUAAAGAGAAUAACCCUGCAAGAGUUGAUAGAAUUUAUUGUCACCAAUAGAUUCACCUACACACACGAAAUGUAUGCUCACAUUGUCAACAUGUUCAGCAUUAAUUUAUUUAGGCCAAUACCACCACCUGUAAACCCAAUCGGUGAUAUAUACGACCCAGACGAGGAUGAACCAGUCAAUGAACUGGCAUGGCCUCAUAUGCAGUUGGUGUAUGAAUUUUUCUUGAGAUUUGUCGAAAGUCCAGAUUUCAACCACCAAAUAGCGAAGCAGUAUAUCGAUCAAGAAUUUAUCCUAAAAUUGCUAGAACUAUUUGACAGUGAAGAUAUUAGAGAAAGAGAUUGUCUAAAGACUACUCUUCAUAGAAUAUAUGGUAAAUUCUUAAGUUUAAGAAGUUUUAUCCGCCGGUCGAUCAAUAAUAUAUUUUUGCAAUUCGUCUAUGAGACUGAACGUUUCAAUGGUAUUGCUGAACUCCUAGAAAUAUUGGGAUCCAUCAUUAAUGGGUUUGCACUACCAUUAAAGGAAGAGCAUAAGAUCUUUUUAGUAAGGAUACUCAUCCCAUUACAUAAAGUACGCUGCCUCUCGUUGUAUCAUCCUCAACUUGCAUACUGUAUUGUUCAAUUUCUAGAGAAAGAACCACUUUUAACAGAAGAAGUGGUAAUGGGCUUACUGCGUUACUGGCCUAAGAUAAAUUCUACUAAGGAGAUUAUGUUUUUGAAUGAGAUAGAGGAUAUAUUCGAAGUCAUAGAGCCGUUAGAGUUUAUCAAGAUCGAGGUACCUUUGUUUGUUCAACUGGCAAAAUGUAUCUCGUCACCACACUUUCAAGUAGCUGAAAAAGUACUCAGUUACUGGAAUAACGAAUAUUUUUUGAAUCUGUGUAUAGAAAACGCUGAGGUGAUACUGCCAAUUAUCUUCCCUGCCCUAUAUGAACUAACCUCCCAAUUGGAAUUAGAUGGUACAAACGGUGAGGAAAGUAUAUCAGACCCAUAUAUGCUUGUUGAACAAGCAAUUAAUUCUGGUUCAUGGAACAGGGCCAUCCAUGCAAUGGCUUUCAAGGCACUGAAAAUAUUUUUGGAAACAAAUCCUAUUUUAUAUGAGAACUGUAACUCCCUGUAUCUAUCAAGUGUGAAAGAAACUCAACAAAGAAAAGUAGAAAGAGAAGAAAACUGGAGCAAGCUGGAAGAAUAUGUCAAAAACUUGAAGAUAAGCGAAUCAGCUAGUGGACAGAAUCUUGAUUCGGCUAGCAACGAGGGCUCCACUGAACAAAUGACUAUCGAUGUUGAACAGAAAGAUACACACAUGUCUAGUUUGCAGAGUGAUGAUGACUAUCACGAAACAAAUGCUGUUCUAGCAAAUGAUGCUGCUGAAAAAUAA